AUGAAGGUGAAUGUCGCAGCCAGAAAAUUCUUAGCUCUGACAUCUAAAUCUAAGAAUAUAAUGAACGAAUUCAGAUCUUUGGCAAAGAACAUCAAACAAUGUACGUACAAACAAUGUGUAUCAAAUGGAUCGGAAGAAGUACCCGCAUCCUUUGACUGGAGAAAGCGUGGUGCUGUAACAGAAGUGGGACUCCAAGGGAACUGUGACUCAUGCUGGGCAUUCACUGUCACGGGGGCAUUGGAAGGCUUUUAUAAAAUUAAAACUGGAAAUUUGGUACGACUAUCGCAACAAUACCUAGUCGAUUGUUCUGACUAUCUUGAAAAAUCAGGAAAAGUAGAAGACAAAUGUGAAACAGGCAAUAAUCCGACACGAGGAGUGAAGUACGUACAAAAAAAUGGCAUAUGUCUAGCUGAUAGUUAUCCAUACACUGCCAAGAGCGGUAAAUGCGACAAAAGCAUAAAACGCACCAAAUUUCAUGCAAUUAGAGAUAUUAGGCAUGUUAAGGUUCUUGAUGAAGAAGCAUUAAAAGGAGUACUAUAUUGGAAUGGACCAUUGAUUGCUGGCAUAAAUGCUCCUGAAGGAUCGUUCGAUUUGUACAAAGAAGGUGUAUAUUACGAUGAGGAAUGCGAGAACGGGGAUUUGCAUUCAGUACUCAUCGUUGGAUAUGGCCAUGAUGGGAAGUACGGAGAUUAUUGGAUAAUAAAAAACAGUUGGGGCACAGGUUGGGGUGAAGAUGGGUUUAUGAGAUUAGCUCGAAACAGGAACAGCCACUGUGGUAUUGCAGAUGCAGUUUUCUCUCUUAUGUGAAUGUCUUAUUGGAUGGGUUUUUUCCCCAGA